AUGGCCUCAGUUAAGAAGCCGUCAAACAGCGACUCCGACAGUGGCACCAGAGCAGCCGAACCGAAAAUUGCCAACGAACAUGUUCCUGAAGGCAUCAACGAGCGAGCUCUUGUGCGGAAGCUCGACCUCACCCUCCUUCCCGCCUUGACGCUGUUGUAUCUCCUAUCAUUUCUCGACCGAUCCAAUGUCGGCAAUGCGCGCAUCGAGGGCUUGACAACCGACAUACACAUGUCUGGCGAUGAGUAUCUCACUGGCCUGACAUUGUACUUCAUUGGAUAUGUUCUCUUUGAAGUGCCCUGCAAUCUCGUGUUGAAGGUCUGGACCCCAAAGCUUUGGCUACCGACCCUCACUUUCGCUUGGGGCGUUGUGGCGACAUUGAUGGGCGUGACUCAAUCUAAAGCCGGGUUUUAUGUUGUUCGAUUCUUCCUCGGUGUCACUGAAUCGGGGCUCUUUCCGGGCAUUGUGUUCUACCUGUCGAUGUGGUAUAAGCGCAACGAACGGCAGUUUCGAGUCGCGUUGUUCUUCAGCGCUGCAUCGCUUGCGGGAGCAUUCGGAGGUAUUCUGGCCUUUGGCAUUGCGAAGAUGAGAGGCGUUGGCGGUUACAACGGCUGGCGAUGGAUCUUCAUUCUAGAGGGACUCCUCACCAUCGUCGUGUCCGCGGCCUCCUACUUUUUCAUACACAACUACCCCGACACAGCGAAGUUCCUUAGCGACGAUGAACGGGAAUACAUCCAGAACCGCCUCAAGCUCGAUAGCGAUGCCACGCAGCACGAGAAGCUCGACUGGGCCAAUGUCAAGAAAGCCUUCACCGACGUCAAAUGCUGGCUCUACGCCUUGGGCUUCCACAGCCUUUCGCUCCCACUGUACACGCUCUCGCUCUUUCUGCCAUCGAUCAUCAAAUCCCUAGGCUAUACAUCGGCGACUGCGCAACUGAUGUCGAUUCCCCCCUACGCCAUCGCGUUCUGCCUGACGGUCACAUUGGCGAUCCUCUCAGAGAAAUACCGCAUCCGUGCGCCUUUAAUCUUCGCGUCCUCCUCGCUCGCCAUCCUCGGAUACAUCCUCCUGCUCAGCGAUCCCCGACCUGGCGUGUCAUACGUGGGCAUCAUCUUCGCUGCCAGCGGGAUCUACCCGUCUGUGGCGCUGGUGCUGAGCUGGCCCGCCAACAACGUCAGCGGACAGACCAAACGCGCCGUCGCCAACGCCAUGCAGAUUAGUAUUGGGAACCUGGGGGCCGUGUUAGGCACGCAGCUCUACCGCACGGAGACGGCACCGCGAUAUUUUCUCGGACAUUCGUUCGCGUUGGCCUACAUGGUGGCGAACCUGGCAGUGGUGACCACUUUGUAUCUCGUGCUGAAAAGGGAGAAUGCGAGGCGCGAUGCUAAGGAGUCAGGGGAUGUUGAUCCUGAGGGACGGUGGCUUGGAGACGAGGACCCGAGAUGGAGGUUCCAUUUGUGA